AUGGCCAUGAACAACUCAAAAAACCUUCUCUCUCUUCUCACCAUCAUCGUUUCCUUCCUUGGCCUCACCCAAAAAGUGAAGUCAGCAUCUUUCUCAUUCCCCAGUUUUGGGUCGUACACAAACGCCAUUACCCUCCAAGGUGAUGCCUAUGUUUCAGAAGGGGCCAUAAACCUUACACCUGUGGCACCCAACAACGCUGGUCGAGCGUCCUAUGCUGCACCCGUCCACCUUUGGGAUGCUAAAACUGGGAAGCUCGCUGCCUUCAACACAACCUUCUCCUUUGUUGUUGCGCCAAACGGUCCUGGAUUAUUUGGAGACGGCAUUGCCUUCUUCCUGGCUCCGUUCAACUCCAACAUCCCAAAUAAUUCAUAUGGUGGAUUCCUUGGACUUUUCACUCCCGACUCUGCCCUAAACGUAUACCAGAAUCAAAUAGUGGCUGUGGAAUUUGACUCCUUCGGCGGCAACCCCUGGGAUCCUCCCUCUGCCCAUAUAGGCAUUGAUGUUAACUCCAUUGCUUCGGCGACAACGGAGAACUGGGAACCUAACAAUGCUGGAAACGAGGUCGUUGCAUAUGCGAGUGUGAUGUAUGAACCUGUUGGCAAAACUUUGGAAGUGGAUUUAAAAUACCCUGGAACAAAUGUGACCGUGAGUAGGCUCUCGUUUGUGAUUGAUUUGAGGACUGUUCUGCCGGAAUGGAUUAGGGUUGGGUUCUCGGGUGCCACUGGACAAUUGCUCAGUUGGUUAGAGCGUGUGGCUGUUAACCACAAGGUCGGAGGUUCAAGCCCUCCUUCUAGCGUUCUUUCUUUUGAAUGCUCUGGUGGCAAGUGGCAACAUCUGUUUCAAGCAUUUGAGUUACCCUAUCACCUUUCAUGUCAAUUUGUGGCCAAGAAACCGCAGUUGUGGAUUGGGCUUUCAAGGCCUACUGAAAGGUCCAAAAGAAUCUAUCUGUGGGUCCCUGGGCAUGGCGCCAUGCCAAAAAACGAACGUGAGCAGUGGGUGGGAUUGGGAUAA